AUGACUUCCUCCUUACCUCCUCCGGUGUCCGUCUGCAUAGUCCUCGGCGGCGAUUAUGCUGCUGCUGCUGCUGAUGAUGAUGAUGAUCAGCGGUUGUCAUCUACCCUCGCCUGGAUGGCCUCCCUGUCAACCAUGCCCCAACUUACAGCCACAGUGGAACAUAAGCAGGCCUGGACAGCAGCCAUGGUAUCGAUCGUGAUGAUUGACAGGGCAUCUGUCGCAUUCGUCAUUCUCGGGCAGGGUUUCUCCAGUCAAAUCUUGAAGUUCCUGAGACGGUUCCGAUCGCAGAAUAACAAGUAUGAGAAUAUGGACUUUUGAGCCCGUUCGAUAGGCAAUGGUCCAAUAUACGCAACGCAGAACGGGAAGACGAGAUCUCAUGUCGAUUGUCGGCUGGCUCGAUACGGGGAUCGAAGAUGAAGAUUCCAGACGGGUACAGACAGCAUCAGCAUGGCUGGUGGGGGAGUGAGGUCGUUACCGAAUGUACAGAGUACAUACAUGUCCCCGAUCGGUCUAGUUGCAGCACAGCCAGGUCCUGCUA